AUGGCUACCACUACACCUCCCCAUCACGAGCCAGAUGGCAACUUCACUGCUGAGGAGAUUGCAGUACUGCACCAAGCCGGUCUGAUAUCAGACCCUCUUCCAGGAGGCAAACGCAAAGCCAGCGUCUCUCUGACCAGUCCACCAACGUCCCAUGGUUCAUGGUCCUCGGGCUCUUCUUCAUCCCCGGUAGCUUCUAUACGCAUCAAAAGACGGCCCAUUGACGCAGGAGAUCAAACCUUUGAAUUUCCUACCAGCGAAGAGAGCGUUGCAGCCCUCGAGUUCAUGGGUUUCAAUAACGAAGUCGCAACUGAGAUUCAUGCUCGCUUCGUGGCCCGCUCCGACCCGGACCAGAACCCUGACUCCAUCCUUGAUUACGCAAAAUCCUUCAUUAGGGAAAUUGAUCCGUACGAGAACCUGCCUGAUAGCGAAGCUCUUUCUCUCAUGGGCAUCAACUCCUAUCUUCAAGCUGUUUUCACAGACCCGCAACACGCCGACAUGAUGCGCACAGAAACACUUCAUUACUGGGUUUGCGACACGUUGCGCCUCAAUUAUCUCACAAUCUCCGAACUUCACGAUCGUUGCCAUCGUUUCGUGGAACGCGGUCGACCGAGCAAGAAGAAGGCUCGCAAGAGCCUUUCAGAAACCACAAACCUCUACCAACCACCUCAGUCACAAGGCGAAUCAUCUUCGGCACAAACCCAGAGACCUGUGACGACAGAGCCAAGGUAUUUGGACCGCGUACAAUUGCCAGAAGGAUGUGUCUACGACGAAGGCAGCUACACCGUCCUCCCAGAUCAUUACGUGCUUUACAAAGCCCAAGCUAGUUGUGAGGUUGGACGAUACUUUCUUCAAGCUGCCGGAAAUGUGGGAAUAAAAUCUAUCGCGAGAUCUUCUGGUGGUGAUUUCAACUACGUCAACGACGCCUGGUACUUCACGCUGGAGCAAGCCACUGCUGAGGAGUAUCGUGCAUGGGCAGCGUUACGAUGUCCCAAAUCUGAGACAUGGAUCAUCCGGAUCCAAGUGCCCAAGACCUUUAUUGCAAGUCUCCGCAUGGAGUAUCUUUGGUACGGUGCAGAUUGGAAGAACUACGUGUGGCACUGCAAACAGAAAUUCAUACCCCCACAACGAUUCGACAGAUUGUGGCAGAACACUGAUCUCAUUAAGGGCCACAUAUGUUCUGCGCUACCAUCCAAGAUUGAACGCAUUUCACGGGAAGAUAUUCAGGACAGCAUGACUCCAGACAGCGUCCUCAAGCUUCCGAACUCCCGUCAAAAAUGUACGCAGUGGGCGUUCAUGCAUGUCUCCGUUGCGAUGCGACUCGCAGAGGAGAUACAGGGCAAGGUCCAAAUCGAAAUCACACCGCCGAAGUGGGAGGAAACAUCCUAGCCACUGUUGUUAGACAUUUUUACUUUUUUAUUGCACUCGUCGCACUUGCAACUUUUAUAGUUUGUAUUUGUUUACUCGCACGAACCAAGUCAGCCGCGACCUGCAGCGGAUCAUGGUACACUGAUAAAUAAACGUGCUCGUGCUUAUGCU